CUCCGACGCAACUUCCACACCCACCACCACCACCACCGCCCCUCCAUCCUCAUCCGCGCCACCGACGGCAAUACCAACGCCCCGAACCCCAAGUCCAAGACCAAUUCCCAGCCACAACAAGGCAAGGCCAAGCCCACGCCCAAGGCCAAGCCCUCGAAAGUGAAGCUGUCGACGGUGGUGAGUCCCGACGAGCUGGAGGCGUUUUAUCUGCGCUAUGCGGAGGUGUUGAUGGCGAUGAUGAUGGUGGUGCGCAUUAUUGGCGUUAUGGGUUGUUUUUUACUUUUACUUUUCUUGUGUCUACUCUGGUUUGAUGAGUUAUCUGGUUUGUGGGGUGGAUAUUUACGGUAUGAUGAGUGGGCAGUGGGCAGUGGGCAGUGGGAAGGGGCUUUACGGAUCUUUCAUCCCGAUGAGGACCGAUGUGACAUCUUUCUAAGGGAUCGUGUGAUUAUUGUAUUGGCGGGGACCGCUAGAGUACAAAAAACAUUAAGGUACAUAUGUGAUCCAGAACAGUCCACCCACAAUCCGUACAUAUGGCACAAAGGGAGAGAGAGGGAGAGUGUGUGUGAGAGGUGUGAGAGGGUGUAUAAGAGAGAGAGAGAGAGAGAGAGAGAGAGAGAGAGAGAGAGAGAGGAAUCGUACAAAUGUAUCAUCAGCAACGUGGGGAAUCGAGUGAGUCAUCAAUAGAGAAUACAACAGGGGUAGCAGUGGAGAAAGAGUGACAUGC